GUUCCAGGCCCCUCACUCUUGUAGAUUUACAAGGGAGACGAGAGGUCUCCUCCUCCUCCGCCCCUCUGUAGAGGUGCAACUGUCACCUUUCCUCCAGACUCCAUGGAAGCAGCCUCACCUGUGGAGAGGAGGAGGUCUGGAAAAGGCAUGAAGGAGCAGGGCGGCCGAAAACCUCAUCGAUCCCCACUUCAGCCCCAGGAAGCCAGAGGACCUGGUGCAAUGGCCUCCGAACCUGUUAGCGUGUGGGCAGGCCAGCCUCAGGGCCCCUCUGUGCUGGAGUGUAAAGUGAGAGCCCUAAAGGAGAAGAGGAUGUUGUCCGGGAAGCAGGCUGGAAGUGCUAGCACUGUCUCCCAAGAGCGACCCUCCCUGAAGAAGGCCAAGAGCCGGCGGGCCAAGCCAGGUGCGGCCACGCCGGUGGCUGAGGGUGCUUCUUCUCAGGACAGUGUGGUGGCCCCCCAGGCUCCGAUGAGAACUUACCUGACAGACAGGUUGCUGGACAGUGGUGAUGACCUGGAGCAGGGGACAGUGCACACCCUCCCUGCAAGUCACAACAGCACCCAGUCUCCAAAUCAGCUCAGUUUAGGGGAGGAAAGCCAGAGGCUCCCAGAAGGGGUAUGGAGGCCUCCUGACUUGAGUCUAUUGCAAGAAGCCAAUUAUUUCCAGGAAGGUCCAAUUCAGACCUUUUCUCAGAACAGGCCAGAGAUCCCAGGGCCUUGCAGGGACUUGGCUCAAAUGCUUUCCCUGGAGAAUGGGAAAUCGGAAGCCCUUGCAAAACAUCACAUCCAAGUGGGAGACCUGGAUGAGGCACCUCUGGCCUUACAGCAAAAAGAUCCUGUUUGUGAGACCACCCUACAGGGACAGCUGUGGAGAGCAGGCAGCUGGGAUGGUUUGAGGAGUGGCAACCACUCCUUGUCCUUGGCUGACCGGGUGGAGAGGAACCGCCUUCUUCUGCAGGAGAGGAGAAGCCUGUCUGAACACAGCUGUUCUCAGCUCCACCAAGUAGGACACCCAGCCAGAGCCCACGAUGGACCCACUCCAGAGCUGUCAGGAGGAGACCUAGAUUGGGACUCAGGAGUAUCCCUGCAGGACUCCGAUGGGUGCAGGGCCUUUGUUCCCAGCCAGGAGCUGCUGCUGAGCCCCAGACAUGAGCAAGCCAAGCAGCUCCUACAACAGGCUCGAAUGAAGGCCAGGACCAGCCCUCUCCGGGCCAACCACGACAUCAUUCCCGCUGUGGUCCCCCGGCUCCCUGGCAGGGAUGCUAAUAGUGGUACAGGCCAGAACCCCAGGGUGACCCUUGCCUCCAGAGAUGGAGAUGCCCCCUAUGGUGGGAGUCUGAGUGACUCUUCUAGUGGGGAGUCCAGCUGUGGCCAGAGGAGGAAACGAGGCCCUUCCCCAUCCAGAGUCCGCUUCGAAGAUGAGUCUGCCCAAGAUGCUGAGGUUCGAUAUCGGGAGAGGUUGCAACAGCCUCAGAAGAGGGCUUUGGACUCUGUGCUUCGGUCCCUGGGUCAAGGACCCCUGGUCUCUAAGCCUGACCUCUCCAACUACAUCAAUGGUGACUUCCACGCCCGAGAGACUCAAGGGGUUGAGGCCUGUUGGGGCCCACCAAACAAAGGAAGUACAGGGGGGCUGGGCAGGAGGAGCCUGCCUGGAAAGGUGCCAGAACUUAAUGCUGAGGGGACAUGUCAUACAUGUGGCUCCUACAUUCAGGGGGUGCCUCGAGAUCUAGACCUAUGUCCUAUGGAGAGGAAGAUGCCCCCAGGUAGGAGCCAUAGUCAGGAGGGAGAGGAUGCUUGGACUGUGAAAGAAUGUCAGGGUAUUCCUUAUGCAGAGUCUUCUGCCUCCCGAGGUCUGGCCUCCCCCAUCUGGAUCCUCCCAUCCCGACAGCGUCUCCACACAGAGCACAUUCGAGAGACGUACAUUGGAGAGGUCACUUUCCCCGAUGAGGUGGACUCUGCCUUGGACAGCACAGAUACCUCAGACAGCUGCAGGACAGAUAGCGAGGAGGCUGGAACCCCUCACCGCAGAAACAGGGGCAGAGCCCGAGGAAGUGGCCAUCCGGCCCACCCAAGGGGCCGGAGGGCUGGAGGAACACAGAAACGAGGCAGGGAACCUGAAAUGGAGAAAGUGGAGGGUACCCAGGCCUGGGACAACCAAGUAGAGGUGGGGGGUAGAUUCGAAGAGGCUAGAAGUGCCCCUGAGGGAUCCUCGCUUCCCAAAGAAGACCAUGGUCCUAAGCUCUCUGUCCCUGAGGCUGAAGGUAUUUCUACAGAGGACCAGAGUACAGUAGUGCCACCUCCACUAGCCAUUGCCAGACAGAACUAUAAAUGGACUCACACAGAAGAUACUCAAGCUCCAUGUGGGGCACUGAACACCAUGGCCUCUUCUCAGCCACUGGCACUGUCUGUGCCAGGGGUGGAAGCCCAGAUUUCAGGGAGCCAAGAACUCCUCAAAAGCGCUGCAGCCUCCCACCCCCAGCCUCCCAAUCAUGUAAGCCCAGCAAGAAGAUCCAGUCAUGGCUCCCCACAGCAAGCCAAGAAGCCAGCUCAACCCUUCACACUAGGGACUUGGGUUCCUACUCCCCCGACUGUGAAGAGAGCACCCUCACCUGUGCCUUAUAGGAAGGCUGUGUUGGCCCGGACCAUUGGGCCAGACAACCAAAGGGACCCAACAGAUGCUCACCAGCUUUCCCUAACAGAGAAUGAUUCGGGGUUGGGAGGGGUAACUCUAGUAGAAAACCAGCUCAGCCCCCCCAGGAUUAAGCACCAUCUGCUGGUCCCGUCCACCAGUGACUUCAACAGCAUUGGGCCUCGGGAGCAACUCAAUAUCCAGAGAAGAGGUGUAAGAGAAAGUCAGAGGGAGAAGGGCCCAGCCAGCCGGGAACCAGAAUCAUCCGCUGGGAAAAGCAGAGAUGGGGGAUUCUUGGGUCUUCCCGAGUCAACUGUGACCAGCAGCCUCAGCUCCACAGGCAUCACGGUCUCAGUGGCAACAGAGCAACCUCAGUCUAGCAUGGAGAUGGAGAAUAAGCUCCAGAGGGUAAAACCAAGCUCGGAAAAAAAUGUCUCAAAACGAGCAUCACCAGGGGCCCCUUCAGGACCCAGCACCCCCUUGGCUAUUCCAGCCAGUGGGAGCAAGAAAGGGAACAGUAUCUCUUCUGCACUUGGGCUGAAGAAAUUCUUCUCUAUCUUGGGCCAAACCACCCGACAGAAACUGGGCAAGUUUCGAUGCUACAGCAUGGAGCAGAUCCCUCCCCCGCCCUUAGACCAGGCCCAACAGAGUGAAAUCCACCAUGCCCAUAGCUCCAAGAUGAAGAAAACACCUUCUCUGCAAUCCCUGCAACUGGUGUCACCCUCUCACCAACAUCGGAAAGCUGGCUCAGUUCAAAAUCUUCAUUCUCUACUAGGCAAGGUGGAUCGCUCAAGUCGUUACCUGGUAGGGGAUGGAGGGGAGCCCAGAGCAUCUGGGAGGCAACCAGGCAUCACUCCCAGGCGCUCCCUCAGUGUAGAUGAUAUAGGUGUCCCCAACCUGGUCAGGACAGUGGGUCGGAUAGUAGAGGUGUUUCCAGAUGGGACCAGCCAGUUGGAGCUACAGCGUCCCCCAAAUGGUACCUUUGGCUUCUGUGUGUCCUCAGGGAAUGGCCGACCUGAUUCAGGGUUCUAUGUUCAGGAAAUUGCAGAUGCCAACACAGCCAAGUUGUACUCCGGGCUGCUGGGAGUAGGGGAUGAGAUCCUGGAGGUAAAUGGGGCCAAGGUCACAGGGUUGGGCCUGGCCCUGGUCAACGAGCUUCUGUCCCAGUCAGAGAGUCUCUCCAUUCGUGUGCUGAAGCAGAGGGGCCCCCGGCGGUAACCCAGAGCUGCUGCUGGUCUGAGGGUCUCCACCUCAGCUGUCCUGAAACUCCCAAGGGCUCACUGAAGAGGAAGGAAAAAAGCCCCUCUCUUGGCCAGGCUCCACAAAACAUGGAAUCUAACUCCACAGACUGUUGGAGGUGUUCUGGGCCAGAUGCUGUCAUACGGGGAGGGAGAGAGGGUGGGCAUUUCUUUUGUGAAGAAUUAACUUAUGGAAAUUUGGGGAAAAGCCCCUACGGGUCUCUCUCUCCUGGCUGAGAUUCUCAGGGGAUGUCUGUAGCUGAGGGCUUUGUCCUAGUUGGAAAGGGCAAGUGGUGAGCUUUAGCCCCUUCAGUAGGUGAUCUGGGAAGUCAGCAUCAAGAAGUGAUUAGCCUGAUGGAGACUGGCUUUGCCCACUCUGAGCCUCGAUUUCCUCAUUUGUAAAAUGGGAGAGUUGGGUCUGAUGACUGCUAAGAUCCUUUCUGUUCUAAAUCUAUGAGGGUCCUGGGCCUUGUGUAGACAGUGGCCAAAAGAGGCUCUUCAAUACUAAAGAAGCCCCUUUGCCUUUUCUUUAUCAACACCCCCCCCAGUGAGACCUUCUUUUUCAUCAUCUGGGGGGUGGUCUUUGUACAGAAAUAAAGGUUCCCUUUGACCAGAGCCUCUAGUGCUACUAGGAGAAGCCAGAUUAUUGGGGGACCAUACUCCUGGGCCCUGCCUGUCAGCCCCAGAAAAGUCUAAGAAGCGGAGAGAGGAAAACCAGCAGGAAAACUUGGCCACCCCCCAGCCUAGUUCUGCAUGUUGUCCCCCUGGUUACUGAUAGAACUGGACACUGGUGCCAGCCCAGACAACCUGCUUUGUCCUCAGGGGCACGAGCCUGGCUGCCUUGCGUCCAAAACAUUCAGGCCCUGUGCCCAGACCACUUUCUGUGAGCCCGAGAUAGUUGGUCAAGCUGGAGGUGGAAAUGUGCCAAGCCCCACUCUGUGCUCUGGGGCCUGAAGGUAUGG